UGACUUUUGCCUGGCAACGACUGACUGUCAGACAGUAAACAGUAAUAAGGUUUGGUGGAGCGAACUGCCUAGCGUACUUGCAGUAUGAAGUGAAUUGUUGAAGUUUUACUACAAGUUACCAACAGUUCUCACCAUGUCUAUAUCAGCUAUAUACAUCCUUGAUGUGAAGGGGAAGGUGUUAAUAUCCCGCAAUUAUCGUGGUGAUAUUGAUAUGGGUGUAAUAGAGAAAUUCAUGCCCUUGGUAAUGGAACGUGAAGAUGAUGGUAACAUGGCUCCUAUUAUUCAGACUGAAGAGGCAACAUUUUGCUUUGUAAAAGUCAGUAAUUUAUAUGUUGUGUCUACCACAAUGAUAAAUGCUAAUGUUACAUUAGUGUUUGCCUUCCUGCAUAAGCUUGUGUCUGUUGCUUCAGAAUACUUUAAGGAAUUAGAGGAAGAGAGUAUCAGGGAUAACUUUGUCAUCAUCUAUGAGUUAUUGGAUGAACUCUUAGACUUUGGUUACCCACAGACUACUGAUACCAAGAUUUUGCAAGAGUAUAUUACACAAGAGGGUCACAAAUUGGAAAUUGCCCCCCGUCCCCCAAUAGCUGUCACCAAUGCAGUAUCAUGGAGGUCUGAAGGAAUAAAGUAUAGGAAAAAUGAAGUCUUUUUAGAUGUGAUUGAAGGUGUUAAUCUUUUGGCAAAUUCAAAUGGUAAUGUACUCCGCAGUGAGAUUGUCGGAAGUAUAAAAAUGCGCGUGUACCUGUCAGGAAUGCCUGAAUUAAGACUAGGGCUCAAUGACAAAGUACUUUUUGAAUCUACUGGACGUGGUAAGAGUAAGAGUGUCGAACUUGAAGAUGUUAAAUUUCAUCAGUGUGUCAGGCUUUCAAGAUUUGAAAAUGAUCGGACUAUUUCAUUCAUCCCACCUGACGGCGAGUUUGAGCUGAUGUCAUAUCGGUUAAACACUCACGUAAAGCCCCUUAUUUGGAUUGAAUCUGUUAUUGAAAGGCAUGCUCACAGCAGAGUGGAAUACAUGGUUAAGGCAAAGUCUCAGUUCAAAAGGCGGUCUACAGCUAACAAUGUGGAGAUAAUCAUCCCUGUUCCUAAUGAUGCUGAUUCGCCCAAGUUUAAAACAUCUGUUGGGUCUGUGAAAUACACGCCAGAAAAGAACUGCAUCGUUUGGACAAUUAAGUCUUUCCCUGGAGGCAAGGAAUAUUUAAUGCGAGCACACUUUGGGCUGCCUAGUGUGGAAGGUGAAGACAUUGAAGGAAAACCUCCAAUUCAAGUUCGGUUUGAAAUUCCAUACUUUACUACAUCUGGAAUUCAGGUUCGAUAUCUGAAGAUUAUUGAGAAGUCAGGCUACCAGGCCUUGCCAUGGGUUCGUUAUAUCACCCAAAACGGGGAUUAUCAGUUACGGACACAUUAAUGUGAAGGGAACUUCUAGAGAGUGUAUUAUACUAUAUAUAAUAAAAUAUUUUAGAAAUUGGUUUAAUAACAGGUGUUUAGACACUGCAGAAAUGAACGACAUAAGAAUUUGUUCUAGUUAUCUUAUAUAAUUUUGUUAAUUUCCGGCCAGCCCUCUGAGAGGAAAGAAUUUCAGUCUGUGCUGGCAUAUGGCCAGCUUAGUACAUGAUAACAACAGUAUAGCUUGGUGGUCUGGCUAAACUGUUCUAUGACUUGUUAAUUUUAAUCUUUUAAGUGUUCCACAGAAACAUUUUCAAAGAAUAGCAGUGAUAUUUGUUGCUGUACCUUAUAUAUAUAGCUGUUUCCACUAAUUGUUUUUAUGAAAGUAUCAAGUUAUAACUGAUUUUUGCAGUUUUGUGUACUAUAUAUCUAUGAAAAUAUUGGUAUUUAAGUAUUAGCAUAUUUGGCAAAUUAUAGUUACACUGUCACUUUGCAGAAAAUUUGUAUUUUAUAAGUAUUUUUUAUGUGAAACUUUUGUCUAUUUGGAGAGAAAGAAAGAAUUGGAGAAGGUAAUAAUAAAUAUUUAGCCAUGUUA